AUGCUUGCGCCUUUAGCGGCAGUUCGACAGCCUGAAACGGAGGUUGAGGAUGUGCCCUUGGACGACGACAGCGCCAGCGAAGGCAACUCACCCCCGCGCGCUGCACCUGCGAGUGCACCGCAACCUGAAAGCAGUGAGGCUCCGCAGCGUGUGUGGGCCUCCAAGGGCAUCACUGGCCUGCUGGAGAACGUAGGUGGUCGCCGGGUGGAAGAGCAAGUUCAGCACAAUACCGUUCUUCUGAACGUGUAUGAUGUCAGUGACAGUGAUGUCAUCCAGAGGGUGAAUCGCAUCUUCACGGCUGAUGACAAUGUCCUUGCUGGAGGAGUCUUUCAUGCUGGCGUCGAGGUCUACGGGAAAGAAUGGUGCUACGGUGCCACUGUGCCUGGCCGCAGUGGAGUGGGCGCAGUGAAACCACGCCUCCACCCCCAGCAUAGGUAUCGAGCUACUGUUCACAUGGGCAACACUGAGAAAUCACCUGAGGAGGUGAAUCGAAUCUUGGUGUGUAUGGCAUCCGAAUGGCCUGGAAGUGAGUAUGAUCUGAUUCAUCACAACUGUCUUACCUUUUGCAAUGUACUCCUUGGCGAGUUGGGCUUGCGACGCAUCCCUGGGUGGGUCGACAGAGCUGCAAGGGCAGCCAGCCAGGUAGACAAUGUGGUGAAGGCGGUCAGGAGCAUCAGUGCUGACGAGGUCUCUUCGCAGGCGGAGGAAACCCUUCAAACGCUCAGGCGCGAUUCCCUCGCCGCCCUCGAGGCGGCCAAAGGCGGGACGCAAAAGUUCCUGGAGCGUGCGCAGGAGCAAGCUCAGCAGCCUCUCUCAGAGGUAUCGGAGAUCGGUGCCAAAGCCACGGAAUUGGCGGGCCGAGCUCAAGAGCAACUGCAGUCUGUUGGUGCCAGCCUGUGGCA